GUUAUAUGAGGGUGUCACAUGGGUGUGGAAAAAGAGUUGCUGUACAGUAUUAAAGGAAGGAUACCUCUGCAGACCAGCUCUGCUCUGCAGCUGAUCACCACGGAUAUUUAUCUGUUAAGUGUCUCAAAAUGAAAAAAUGUGUUCUGACAUUUUAAUGUUUUUUGUGUCUGUUCAACAGGCAUCUGUGCUUAAGUUAGAUCUUUACCUUUUUGGAAAAACAAACUGAAAGACAUUCAUGGGACUUCUACAGUUAUCUACAGUCACUUUAGGUUUUUUAUGUUCGUUCAUCAGGCAUCUGUGCUGAGCUUUGAUCGUCUUUUCAGGAAUACUAACUCUGGUGUUAUCAUUUGAAUGUUUUAUUAAUGUCAGAUUACUUUUCUAGAAUGUCAUUUGCAAACCAGUCUGUGACUAACAUCACUACUGAACACCAGUACCAGGGGCUGCUGGAGAGAGUGUUACUUUCUGCUCUAAUAACAGCGCCAUGCUGUGUGUUCCUCUUCAUUAAUGGGACCAUGUUAUUCAUCUUAAGGAGUAAAGCUGUUUUUUGUGAAACCUCUCGAUAUAUUCUUCUGUAUAACCUCCUAUUUGCAGAUACCACACUGAUGGUGUUGAGUCAGAUAAUGUUCAUACUGUCUUCUAUUAGAGUCAGGCUGAUGUAUCCUGUGUGUGGCUUUCUGAUCAUGCUUGCUGAUCUUACAAAAGAAAUCUCUCCUCUCACACUGGUGGUGAUGUCUGUGGAGAGAUAUGUGGCUGUGUGUUACCCACUGAGGCACGCUACCAUCAUCACCAUGAGGAACACAUGGAUGGCCAUCUUUACAGUGUGGGCCUUCAGCUCACUAAAUGUCCUCACUCGAGUUAUUUUGCUGCUACAUUUUCGGUUUGAAGACUUGGAGAGUUUGCAGAUGACAUACAUUUGUAGUGCACGCGUUAUGUGGAUUUUCCGAAAGUCUAACCAUUACGAAAAAGCAUACACUGUUUUUGUGUUUGUGUCAGCUGGUGUUGCUAUCACUUCUUCUUACAUUGGUGUGAUGAUAGCAGCCAGAUCAGCCUCCACGGACAAAGCUUCAACUCGUAAGACUCGAAACACACUGCUACUGCAUCUGAUACAGCUGGGCCUCAGUCUUUCCUCCACUAUACAAAACCCAUUACUCAUAGCUAUCUCAGGAUUUGUAACAAGGCUACUUAUUAUUCGUAUACAGAUCAUUUUUUACGUGUGUAUUUUCAUCUUCCCCAGAUGUCUGAGUUCUCUAAUCUAUGGUAUCAGAGACCAAUCCAUCAGACCCCUCCUCACGUACCACCUGUGCUGUCGACUCAGACUCAGUGAAGACUGAGAAAUGUUUUAAGUUUUCUGUCUGGUGUUUAUAAGUCACUUUUUUCUGACUGUAGUGGUUCAACAUGACAGAAAGACACUCAACAAGGGUCCUUAAAAUAUGCAAACCGGGGAUGUGGGUUCAACACCUGCCCCUCUUCUACUGGUCCAACUUGUUAUUUCAGCUCGUUUUCAUAUUAAACUGCAGGUGUUAAGUUA